GUAAUGGCUAAAAGUAUUUACGAAUAUGUUCGAAAUUUCGAAAUUAUGGAUCCCUGUCUUCCCUCCACAUGGAUUGUUGUUCGUUUAGAUGGACAAGGUUUUCAUAAAUUUACAGCAAAGCAUAAUUUUAUCAAACCAAAUGAUACACGUGGUUUAUCGUUGUCAGUACGUGCAGCAGAACGUGUUAUGCAACAACAGAAAGAAAUUGUUCUGGCUUAUGGUCAAUCAGAUGAGUUUAGUUUCGUAUUUAAAAAAUGUACGGAAGUGUUUAACCGAAGAGCAAGCAAAAUAUCCAGUACAGUUGUUUCGUUGUUCACAUCUUCAUAUGUUUUUGAAUGGCCAAAGUAUUUACCUGAUACUCCGUUACUGUAUCCACCAGCGUUUGAUUCCCGAGUAAUACUUUAUCCAACGAAUAAAACUCUCAGGGACUAUUUAAGCUGGCGUCAGGUUGAUUGUCACGUGAACAAUCUGUAUAAUACUUGUUUUUGGAAACUUGUUCAAAAUGCUGGCCUAAGUGGAACAGAGGCUGAAGAACGAUUAAGAGGGACUUUAUCAAGUGACAAAAAUGAGUUAUUGUUUUCACAAUUCAACUGUAAUUACAACAAUGAACCAGAACUAUUUCGCAAAGGCACUGUAUUAUUUAGAAACAAUUCUGUCAUUGAACAAGCAAAUAUCGAUAUAAUUAAAGAUCAGUUUUGGGAUGAACAUCCUUACAUAUUAUUGGAGCCUGAAUAAGUCAGAAUUGUCGGAUCCAUUUGUUCUCCAGCCUAUCAGUACGCAAAUUUAUGCAUCUAUUUUUAUAUGUACAAAUAUGUUUAUACAUUUUGUCUCGAAUUUUGUGCAUUGUUGUACAUAUUACACUGUAUUUACGGAACAAAAAUUGCUAAUUUAUAAUUUAUUGAUAAACUA